AUGAAAUACCAGACGCAGAUGUCAUGUAAUUCGGAAAGUACAGUGAAUGGCUGCGGAGAUAGGCUUCUGGAGACCUUCGAAACACGUCCAUGCCGUCCCCUCUUUACUUUCCAUGAUGGUAAACGGGCCCACUUUGGCUGGCGAGCCAAAUUCAAGCCUUUCAACAGGGCACUCUCCUCCUUUGAAUUCGAUGUUAUGGUUGGAGCUGCUGGCAAAUCAAAUAGCUGUCUAGAUUUUCCAAGAAAGGAACUACGCUGCCGUCUGGCUAUCGCAGUAACCGCAAACUUCAUCAACUACAACACAGCUGAUGAGGCACGCGUGGAAGAAAUCUCAGGGGUCGCGAGUAUCUUCAACCAACAGUACUUUUCCUUGAUGUCCAAAACUCUUGGCAUAGAACUGGAGAAUUUAGUCUACUACAAGGAUGAGACCCAUUACUUUGUAAUGACUGUCAAGAAGCACUCCCUCCUAUCCAAGGGCGUCCUCAAAAAGGCAAGUUUGCGUCAAUUCUUCGACCGGGUGCUGUUUUGGCGUCUCCAUCUUCUGAAGAUUCUUCGACUGUGCUUUGCCUCCCCUUUCGUCUCCCUGGUUCUGGACAUUCAGGCCGUCUAA